GUAAAUUUUCGCAGAUUUCACCAAACAAGAAUACAAAAUAGUGCGAGAAUUAUCAGUAUUGUUCAAAAGAGCACGAACGUCAUAGCGGAUUUCAGUUUGAAAUAAAAAUAUUCACAAGCUACGCUGCGAAAAUCUGAAAAAAUAUCGAUUAGUUAUAACUUUUCGCAAAUACCUUUAUCGUCUAGUCUACAGACUUGAAGGCUGACGCUGCAAACUAUGCGCUUAGAUGAACUGGUAGCUUGGUACCAGAAAAAGAUAGGCACAUACGACAAGCAGCAAUGGGAGAAAACGCUAGAGCAGAAAAUCUUGGCUGGUAUCACGCACCUGCCGCUAAAAAAUACAAAGUUAAAAACAGAACUUAUCGAUGUGGAUCUAGUUCGCGGAUCAACAUUUCCCAAGGCGAAAUCAAAGCUGUCGAUACUAACCGUCAUCUAUUUAGCAGCCCUAAGACUUCUAUUUUUGCCGGUAUACGCUAAAUGGUGGGUUCAGCAAACCUCACCAAAAGUUUUUAUCCUAUUACUCACGCUGUAUCUCCUUCAAAUGAUAAACCUGGGAAUUUACAGUUAUAAUGUGAAUAAAGCUGGUUCUAAUCAAGAAGAACACAUCGUGUCUAUUACGGACUUCUUAAUUCCACUGGCGCUCAGUUUGUUGUUGAGCGUCAUACAUUCACAAAUUGUGGCCACUGCUUCGAAUAGUGGCAGCUUAUGCCAUGAACUGAAAAAUUGUCACUUGCAUUCGGCAACAAAAAAACGAGAACGAGUGCGCAAAAGACGUCGAGCUCGGGCGACUUUUGGAGCUGGAACUGAUGCUGCUACCUCUAAGUGUACCCACGAUGAUCGAAAUUUGCAGAAAACGAAAAAUAUUUACACUGCAGUUUCGAAAUCACCUACAGGAUCACCACGACGAACCACUCAAAAACAGGGAGCAUGUAGUACCAGCAGUAGUACUAGUAGCGAAGCUUUAAAGUAUCAACCGACCAACAGAACGGAACCGCCUGUUCCACAUGUCAAUACUGAUAAAGUAAUGACGAAUAUCGAGGAAUCAGUGAUUAUUUCUUCGAAACAAAAUAAUACUAAAGUCAUUACUCAGGAAGAUGGAAGAAAAUCACACAGCGGAAAAUAUCAGCCAGGACAAAAUAUUUACGUAACAGAGCAAAGUGCUUGUUCAAAUCCAGACAGUCAAACGACCAGUGCAUUCGAUGCUAACGUGGUAAAGGCAACUAGCAAAAACGAAACUUCUCCUCAAUCUGAACCCGGCUGUUCCUUGCGACGACGCAACGUUAACUGGGACCCGCAUACGCGCGAGAAUUGUCGAACCAGCAAUGGAACAAACAACCGUAACGAUAUUCCUGUCGACGACGAUGGCUUCGAAAGCCUAAAUGGGAAAAGUUCCGGAGGAGAAGAUAGCUCCAACACGGGGAUAACCGCCGAUGCCUAUUUUAAGAAACUACCGUACACAAAUACUUGGAUUGGUGGGCCACAAGCCGAUAAGGAAACCCGAUCGGACAGUGACACUGAUACUCUCCGUAAUACUUCAACUAUACAAGAACUGCCACCAAAAACAGUUGUCGCAGCAGCGCAUACGAGCAAACCCCGCCAGCAUCUGUCGUCCGAAUCCGGCAUCGAGGUGCAACGAAAUGAACCGAAUAAAUCAGUGCUGAACCAACAGGAACCGAGUGAUGCAAAGGCAGGCAGUGGUUUCGACGAGAAGCUCGAAUCCAGCGGAGACACCGAUGAAGAGAACGAUUUCGAUCUGCACCAUAGCGAAUCUAGUCAGCACCAUCUUCACCAUCAUCUGCACCACAACCAUCACCACCAUCAUCAGCAUUUGUCAGAAGGUACGCUCGUGAACAGUUGUAGGAAUUUAACCAAUACAGAUAGCGAAGAAUGCGGUUACAGCUCAGAUCUCAACCACUCAGAUGGCCAAAACGAACACUCCGACGACGAUUAUGAUCUAGAGGAUGCCCCAACCAUCAUUUUAAAUCCACCUUGCGGAGCUAAUGAUAGAGUUAGUUGCACCAUCUGGGAUGAGCGAGAAGCAAAGAAAGCGGAAAUGUCUGUUCUGGACAUCUCUUCAGCCAUCAUAGAACGCGUCGAGGCCAUGCCUGAAACAUGUGAUUACGUAUACAUCGGAGUUGCGCUUAGCGUUAUUCUGUCGCUGAUACCUGCAUUCUGUCGACUUUGCGAAGCUACCGUUGAUUCCGAGAAUGCCACUGAAAUAAACUUCUUAGAGAUGCCAGUACUAUUGCUCGAGAAAGCUUCCUUUUCCUGCAUCACAAUUUUACGGUUUGCUUUCGGUGAAUCAAGUUGGGAAAAAACUGUCUUGAUCAUAGGUUUCAUGCUGCGGCUGUGUCUGACUUAUCUAAUCUUUUUCCUGCUGGCAGUAGCAGAACGCACUUUUAAGCAACGUUUCCUAUAUGCUAAACUAUUCUCGCAUCUCACAUCCUCGCGAAGAGCUCAAAAAUCCGGUAUCCCUCACUUUCGGUUGAAUAAGGUACGGAAUAUUAAGACAUGGCUGUGCGUGCGAUCCUACCUGAAACGGCGGGGACCGCAAAACUCAGUCGAUGUGAUCGUGUCUGCUGCAUUUAUUAUCACUCUGUUACUGCUAGCGUUCCUAAGCGUGGAAUGGUUGAAGGAUUCAGUCCACCUGCACUCGCAAUUUAAUUUGGAAGCACUAGUGUGGUCCUGCGCCUUUGGAACUUUCCUGCUGCGUUUUAUGACACUGGGUACUAAAAUAAAUAAGAAAUACAAAAGUGUGUCGGUGCUAAUUACAGAGCAAAUAAACUUAUACGUACAAAUUGAACAAAAACCAAAUAAAAAAGAAGAGCUUAUGAUAUCAAAUAAUGUGUUAAAACUCGCAGCUGAUCUCCUCAAGGAACUGGAAUCUCCUUUCAAAAUAUCCGGUCUGAGUGCAAACCCAUACCUCUACACCACGGUGAAGGUGGUGAUCCUGUCGGCUCUAUCGGGUGUUCUUAGCGAAAUGCUUGGCUUCAAACUCAAACUUCAUAAGAUUAAAAUUAAGUAAAAACCGACUAAUUAGUAAGUCUUACUGAACUACUAGGUAUAGAAACAUAGAAAUUAUAAGAGAUUUCGGUCUGGGUAAUAGGGCCUAUUGAAGAAUAGCGAAAGUAUUUUCCUAACGAUUUCUAGAAAGAGAGCUAGCAAAUGGUGCGACGUAAGAAAGUGUAGCAUAUGUAGCCUAAUCGACUCCGAUAUAGGAUCUAUUCAAUAGAUAGGGUAGGCUCUCCUUAUCAGCGAUAUCUGUCGAUGUUAUAAUCUGAUUCCGGAUAGCGACAACUGUCGAUAGAUUUGCAACAUCCCGUAGAAAAGUUGUAUUUUUUGAUGAACUAUUUUGUCGAAACCUUAAGUGAGAAAGUUUUAUUAGAUGUAUAUGUAAGUGUUUUACGAUGCAAGACGAAA